AAUCGAAGGCCGAGCGUUAAAAAAAAACGAGCUCCAUAACUAUUGAAGGAGCUUCUUUUACAUCCAGGGAAACGGAGCAGCGAUUCCUUUUAAAUACAACUAAACGUUUCAGAUGGGUGCGCGUUAGUUUGUAACAGUAUGUGACGCUUCCUCAAACUACUUUGAGAAAAGUUUUUUUUUAUUUUUUUUAUCUUUGUUUAUCUUUUUCUCGCAGGACAGAAAGUUUUCCAAAGACAUGAGCAUCAGAUCCCAGCAGCUCCGGGACUGAGAGCAUGGCAGCGCCGUUCACCAUCGAUGAUGCCUUCGUGUUGGAUGGAGAUGAGGAGGAGGCGGUCUCUGAUGGAGACUCGGAGGGUUGGAAGAGCAGAGACAAGGACAGAGACGGAGAGAUGACGUUUGGGCCCCUGACUUUCUCCAAACCCCAGACUCACCCUUCAGCUGCAGCCACAGGCUCGCCUGAUCACAGCAACCUUAAGUAUCAGAAUCUGGAAAAUGAAGACGCACUGGGCAGCAAUGGCAAUUCUUCCUUCAACAACUUCUUCAAAAUCAGCGACCCAGCAACUCUGUCGUACUGCAGCUCUCAGUGGUCCUUCAGCACCUUGAGUUCGGUCACGCAGCUCUCGGCACACUGCUGCGGGUGGGUGUCCCAUCCGCUAGUGAAGAAAAACAGAAGAGUCGUUCUUGCUUCAUUCCUCCUCCUCAUCAUUGGAGUUGCUCUUAUUUUCACAGGGAUCGUCAUACAGCUGAGUGCAAAUGCAGGUGUUUCAAGUGCUAUUUUCUUUGUACCUGGAUUUCUUCUUUUUAUCCCUGGAGCUUAUCAUGUGAUCUACAUCACCUGUGCAGUCCAGGGUCGAAGAGGCUUCAAGUUCUUUUACUUACCUUACUUUGAAAAAUAAAAUUUCAUUACAGAUUACAUUUCACUCCAUUUCUGUUGUUGUUGUAUUGAAAUGAAUUGUAUUUCAUCACCUGUAACAAAAUAUAUUGUCACAUUGUUGUUGUUUUUGUCAUUGUUAUGACCACUGCUACUUAAACCACUCGGUGCCUCGACUACAUUUCUACUAAAUGAACUGUUGUUCUAUGUACACACAAAAAGGAGAUUGGUCUUGCCUCUGGUUUGAGUAUUGUGUGAAUUGUCUGUGACUUGAAAAUAAAAAUGUGUAUAUUUUAA